AUGCUCCCUAUGAUAUUGAGGUUCUGUCCAUUGACGCUCUCUUACGAACUUCUUUUGAAUGAAGACGUAGACGAUGACGAGGAGUAUUGGCAAAAAUAUUCGACCACUGCCAAAGAUCAGUCGUUAGUUUCUACGAGGUUGUCGUUACCAACGGAACAGCUGAAGCCUUCCUCCGACUAUUUUGUGCGGAUUCGUGCAAUAAAUCAAGCCGGAUCUGGACCUCUUUCGGAGCCGAUUCAGUUCAAAACUCCAAACGGAGGUCCUGAAAAUCCACCAACUGCCGUAAAUGUAGAAAUAAACGAAGCUAAUAUAGCAGUGCUACGAUGGACCAAGCCAAACUCAACAACGGAGAUUCUAAACUACGUCAUCUACUUCACAAGAGAUCUGGGGAUUUCCAACGAAGAUUACCAUGAGUGGCAAACCGUGGAAGUGCCUGCCGAUAAGGAAAGCUUCAAGUUCGAUCAUCAAGUCGGGCUCAAACCAAAAACAUUCUAUCGUGUGAGGGUCAGUGCAAAGAAUGAUGUGGCGGAAGGACCUGUAAGCGAAACGAAGGAGUUCGAAACAGCUCAUUCUGAACUCCCCAUUCCAACGGAUAUUAGAACCAGUGUGGCUGAGGAUAACACCGUGACAAUUACUUUUUCUGCAGUGAGAGAUCCGGAUGAUCAUUCAAAUGCUAUAGGGCGCUAUAAGCUUGAGAUGGCGCAAUCAGACAGCAUUCUGAACGCUAACUGGCAUUUAGUCAACGCCAGCAGCACUGCAGUAGAUGAUAUGAAUUCCCAGGUCACAAUGACCAUAGAUGGUACCCGACUGGCACGAAGCAGUAUGUACUGGGUGAAAAUCACAGCUUCGUUGGAUAAUCCGACAAGAUUUGUGCAAGCGUCGAAACCGCGAUGGUUCCGAACAGGAGAUGGGACUCGCAUCUUGCUCGAACAGCUCUAUAGUUUAGGACUCAAGACUAGGGCCGAAAUCGAAGGCGCACCUGUGAUUGAGAGGGAACCAAACCUCUUCGACACACUCACCAUCGUAUGUCAUGCCGAG